AUGCCGUGGUGGGACUCCGUCGCCGUGCGGAAGUUCAGACUCCACCGGGACAUGCGCGCCACUGUGGACGCAGCUUUCGCCGAAUUCUGCCUCCGCGUCGGGGACGGCGCGCGCGCCUCUCCACCCUUCGAAAACGUAGACAGAGAGUAUGAGGCGUGCGUCGUCGAACUCCCCGACGCCGUUCUGGCCCCCCAUUCUUGGAGACCAGAAGAUUUGUUGGAGUGGGUGUGCGAGGGCUUUACCACGGUAGAGCCUGCGCAAUGGUACCAGUAUUAUGCUUCCCGUGCCGUUGUGACGCCAACGAACGAUGCUGCUGACGCCCUCAACGCCCUCAUGCACGCGAAGUUGCCCCGCGAUGCCGAAGUAGUGUCCCGGAGCCACGACGUGGCCAUCGCCGAAGUGGAUCACGGUGAUACCUACACCACCGAGUUUCUCAACAGCAUCCAAACAGCUGGGCCCCCGCCGCACGAGUUGCGCUUGCGCAGCGGCUCCUUAGUGAUCCCCCUUCGGAACUUCGCCCCGCGCCGCGGCCUGUGCAACGGAGCGCGGCUGGUUGUAGAAACACUGCGGUCGUACUUCCUCGUCGCCCGUAUAGUCGCAGCCCGCAUUGGGGACCGCAUCGAGCACCUGCUUGAGGAUCACAGUGGCAACUACGACGUGGCCGUACUAUCAUGCAACUUCACGCGCGCCGACCUCUCCAUGCUGCCGCUGACACCCCGCGAUCUGCAGCGCCGUUUGGGCUCUCCCUUUGACGACCACACGUCCACAGAAGGCCUCUUCCGUCCGCACGCGUACCUGUUCCGCGGCCCCAUGUGCGGAGGCCAUUGGUUCGUCGUGAUCUCUGCGCCUUCCUGUUCGAACGCUCCCAGUACUAGCAACACUCUGGCCCUCUGCGACUCCCUGUUCGCGCGUCCGCACGUCAUCCCGCCAUCCGACUUGGAUCGCAUGCUCGCCAUCUGGGCCUCCAAGAUCGCGUGGAACUCCGUGGGCGAUGUCCACUGCGACUGGUUGGCAAGGCUGGGACGUUUUGCUGUCCCAGAUGCCUUUGCUGGCAUCGAGGCAGCCCUCGUGGGCGCCAAGAGGCUACCAUUGUGGCCUCAGGGGGCGCCAGGAAGCGCACAGACCGCCGACCAGGCCGUCGAGAAGGCCUCGGCCGCGGCGGCCGCCGCCUCCAAGCGGAGCGCCGCGGAGCACGCCCGGAAAGAGGCCCGCAGGAAGCAAGCCGAGGAGGCCGCGGCGAAGCAGAGAGAAGAGGAGCGUGUGAGACUGGCUGCUGAAGCUGCCCAGAGGAAGCGCGCCGAGGAGGCCGCGGCGAGGCGGAGGGAAGAGGAGGAGCGCGCGAGACUAGCCGCCGAAGCUGCCCAGAGGAGGGCGAACAUGGAAGCGGCCACCGUCAGGGCGCCCGAGGUGCUGCGGCGGGCGGGGGCGCUGGCCGAGGCGGCGGAGGCGCGGGCGGCGAGCCUCUCGCGGGACGGCGAGGCGAUCAGGCUCGCGGCGGAGGCCGCCGCCCAGGCCCAGGCCCGCGCCAGCGAGGCGGCGGCCAGGGGGGCGCUGGGCGCCGCGGAGCUGGAGAGGCGCGCGGGCGACCUCGCGG